GCCCUAUAGAUACAAAAAUACAAAGUAAAUAAAAAACCCUAUUAAAUCAAACAAACAAUCGCGAAAUAUAAUAUAAAAAAGCAAGAAAGAAAGUGCGUUUUGAGUUUGGAGAUAGAUCAGGAAAAAUGGCGACAGAAGGAGCUUCAGAGCAAUCGCUAUUUCAAGGAAUCAAAGAUUUCUGGAGCGAGAGAUUCAGGAUCUUGGAUAGUUAUCACCCUUACCUCCGCCGCGAAACCCCUCUUCCGUCAUGGUCCGCCGCCGAUGUGCAAGAAUUCAUCGCUUCAGAUCCCGUUCACGGACCAGUUCUGAAGAAGACUCGUGAUGCUGUGAAGUUUCUAGCUGUUGGAGGUAUAGUAGGAGGUCUGUCAACUGCCGCCUUUGCGUGGAAAUAUUCAAAAAGCCCCCACGGUGCUGCACUUUCGCUGGGAGCAGGAGCAGUGUUUGGGAUGAGUUUUGGUCAAGAAAUUGCAAAUCAUUCGCUUCAACUUUACAAGCUAGACACCAUGGCGGCCCAGGUCAAGUUCAUGGAAUGGUGGCAGAAGAAGACUCAAGGACACUUUUAAACCUUUGUUAUUUUAUGAAAACUUCAAAGAUCGACUAGGUUUUUGUCUCUGAAAUAAGCUAUAAACUCGGUUUGCAUGUUUUGAAACUUAAACAUCCCAGAAUUUACAUAAUGCAGCAUCCAUUUCUUCGCUUU